AUGGGUGGCGGUGAUAUCGUUUAUCGGCUUGGCGAUCAGAAAGCAGGGAAAUCACCUUCAUGGUCGCUUUCCCCGGACCCAGAGCUGGUGGAAGGGGAGCUGUUUGUGGCGGACGAUAAGUGGGGUCCGCUGACGUUCAUGAAGUUGGUGCACAAAGCAUUCUACGGCGGGCUGAAAAAGAUGGAGAAACAGGCUGCCAGUCUAGUGGAGGCGCCCAGCAAAGUGACGCUUCGCAAGCUCAAGGUGACGUGGGACAUGAUGGCUCUGUUGCACGAGGAGCACUCCGUGCACGAGGACAAGGUCCUGUACCCGUACUUUGAGUCCUUCUUCCCAGGAGUGACCGCUACCGCUCAGCACGAACACGAGGGUCAUCACGAGCAGCUGCAGGCGAUCGGGGCUCUCUUUGAAGGGUUCGAAAAGGCAAACGGCGACGAAAAGACUUCGCUUGCCGUCAAGAUCCAAAGCGCGCUGGCCGACUAUUCCGCGGUUUUGACGGAGCACAUGCUCAUGGAGGAGAAUCACCUCAAUCCACUCGCGCGGAAGCAUAUGCCCAUUGUGAUGCACAUCGAAGCUCUCCGCAAGGUCUACGAGGUGACGUCACCCGCCACGUGGGUCAAGCUGCUGCCGUUCAUUCUGGAGUCCCAGGAGCUCUACGGCUACCGAGUGCGCACCCUGCGCUGCCUCCGCUGGGCCAUGCCGGAGCGCAUGCAGCAGAUCGGCCGCCACGUGUACCAGGGCGUGGAACUCCCAUUGUGGAAGCGGCUCAUCGUCGACGUUCCUGAGAUGGUGCCACGUGGACUGGGCGGGUGCAAAAUUCUGGGCCGCCCGGGCUGGGAGCGCUACUACUAG